AUGGCGAACAGUACGAUGAUUUAUAACAGUAACAUCACUACUACUGAACCACCCGUAAACGUUACCAGCCUAUUUGGAUGGGUAGAGUUAUGUAAGGUUAUCCUGUCUAUUCUUGGAGUCGUCGGGAAUCUUUUGGUCAUUGCAGUUUUUACCAGUGUAAAGAGGCUUAGAACAACGACAAAUUAUUUUAUAAUCAGUUUGGCCUGCGCCGAUUUUAUCUCCUCAUUGACAAUUCUACCCCUUCCAAUCCCGAGUUACAUUCCAUCAAAUCUAGCCGGGGAGCUCUACUGCCGUGUCAUCUACUCCACCGCCUUCUUGUGGAUCAGCUUCAAGGCUUCGGUUUUCAAUCUUGUUGCUGUUACCAUUGAGCGCUAUUUUGCUAUUGUGAUGUCGACCAAGCACAAGAAGAUAUUUACUAAACGUAAUUGUCAUAUAUUCAUUCUCAUCGUUUGGCUGUGCGCCGCAACUGUAGAAAGCCUGGCUUUUUACAUAUUUCCAUACGAUUACACUCUCCGGUCAUGUAUAAUCUGGUGGCCAAAUGAGAAUUACCGACUGGCUGUUGGCGUCCUACUCUACCUUGCAUCGUUUCUCAUUCCCGUAAUCAUUCUGUUGAUUGUUUACACAAGGAUCCUCGUGUUUUUGAAGCAGCAUGCCAAAGCUAUGCUGUCUCGCAACGAAAACAACAGCCCGGCAUAUUCCCUCUUGAAGGCGCGGGAAAAAGUGGUAAAAAUGUUAUUUAUAGUGGUGAUAACAUUCACAGUUUGUUGGGCACCAAAUCAGACGUUAUUUUUAGCGUUCAACUAUGGCGCACCGCUGGAUCACUAUGCCACGUACUAUCAAUUUUUCAUAAUCCUUGCAUUCUGCAACUCUUGCCUCAAUCCAAUGAUUUAUUCAUUUAAAAACAAGCAAUUCAGAGAUGGGUUGCAAAUUGUGUUCUGCAAGAAAACAACAAAAAUACUACCUGGAAGUUCAGAACAGACACAAGCCCAAACAGUGCACACCGUCGACCACAGUGUUUGA